CGUGUACCUGCCAAUGUUUGGUUGUUGACAUGUUGUCAUGUUGAAAUGAUUUAGAUGGAGUCGACGAUUGCAUCCGACAAUACUUCGCACACCGAGGCUGGCGUAAUCGACACUGCACGACGCUGCAUUCGAGGUAGGCGUUGCUCUCGCUGCGCCGGCUAACCGAAACUAGCAUGCGAUGACAGGGAUCGCGCCUUCCUCUGUUUACCGUCCGAGCGCAGGCCCAAACAAUCGAUAUCCGACAUCCACAACACCAACGUCAACGACAACGACGACGCGCUUGUGCUUUUGGCCGCGCCGGGGUAUGCUUUACUGUUAUCUUUCCCUUCGCUAGACGUGGGUACACAUAAUUCAAUGAUGGACACUGCCAACGAGAAUACUGGUAUCGCGAAGCGCUCGGGCAUCAAACCACCGUCUACCUUUUCCCACAUCACCUCGCCGCCUCCUAAAGCCCUUGGCGAAUUGCACGAAGCCGGCGCGAACGCACGAAGUGGAAUGCCGAUACCCACGGCGAAACACAAGCCCUCCGGCUUACCCGAGCCUGCAUUCAAGCAACGGAAGACGCUUGCAGAGCAAGCCGGCGAGCCGAUUUCUCGAAAAGUACCCCCGCCGUCCAAGAUCUCGAAUGGCAUCAAAAGUAGCUUGGCACGUGGACUCGCAGCGUCCACGUCGCGCGCUACUUCGAAACCGACAGCGAGACAUCCUGCAACGUCGACUCUCAGUGGCAGUGUUGGUGGAGCUCCUAAGACUACCGGAGCUGCGAGGCCAAAGUCAGCCUACGGCCACGGAAGCCAUGUUAGGAGCAAGUCCUAUCAGCAAGGGCCGCGUCCGGCGACAGCAAUGCUGAACCGAGACGAUGAUGACGACAGUGAGCAAACAGAGCGCAAAGGUGUGCAACCAUUUCUUAUGUCUACGAACCCCUACGCCAGUGCAAAAGCGCUUGGUGGUAUGCUUUCUCAUUUGAAGAAGCACACAACCUCCCUCAGUGCAUCCGAACAGAGAAUCGCUUGUGUGUCAGGUCCGCGAGCGGUCUCAUCUCCUUCCCACUUCCGCUCCGUCACUCCGGUCAUCGAAGAACCCGCCGACACCGACUGCGACGACAUCUGCACCGCGGUUGGCGCGCUCACAUUGGGCGUGGCCAAGGCAGACGUGCAUAGCAGUCAGGUCGGAUGUGGUAUGACUUCUGACAACGGGACGAAUCCUUUCCUGAAGCCAAAGAAACCCCAGUCCCAUCUUCCCCAGCCCACAACUACGCCUGUUCGGCAGCAGCAGGUAGACCCGUCAUCGUAUCGGCCUUCAUCUACUACACCGCGGAGAUCAGCACAACCACCUUUUCUGAAUCGCUUCACUAACGAUCGCUGUCCAGACUUUUACAACGACCGCAUGGAGGCUAUGGAACGCGAUUUCCGCAUGUUCAAGGAGAAGAUGGAGACAGACGUGCGACAGGCUACUGACUACAAGGAAUCAAUCCAACAACUUCAAAGUCGCGUCACGGAACUCGAGGCCAUCCGUGCGCGAUUAGAAAUCGUCAACAAGGGCUUAGAGUCUGAGCUCGACGAUACACGAAGUUGCUUCAAGUCAGUGAAGAUGGAACUCGAGAUGAUGCAACAAAAACACACAUAUGAAGUCGACGAUGUACGGCGAAGGCUACGCAACGAGGUCGAAGACUUGGAGUCGCAGCACCGGAAGGAUACCGACCGAAUGCAGAGGGAACGAGAUGAGGCAGAAAGGAAGAUGCGCAACGAAUUUGACGAACGAAUCGAUAAGCUGCUGAAAGAACACAACGAGGAACUAGCUGGCUUGCGGAAGAAGCUGGAUGCCGACACCGAGUCGGAGCGAAGCAGGCGCGCACAAGAAGCACAAAAGAUCGAAGAGGAGUACGGUUCAAAACUCCGAGCGGCUGCUAUGGAAGCAGACGCGAAACACCGCGAAGCGCAACUCGUUCAGGGCGAGCUCACCAACGUCAAAUCCGAACUCGAUCGUGAGAGGAUGCUCAAGAAUGGCCUCCAAGCACAACUUACAGAAUCAACGACCAACAACCUUACAUUGGAUGCGUCGAACAAGGCAAUGAAGGAGAAGAUUGACUUCCUCGAGUCAGACAGUCAGGCGCAAGCAAAAUCCUUCAACGACCUUCAUCAGCGAAUGCAAGAUGCCAUCGACGCUGCGGCAAGAGCGGAGGACAAACUUCGUCAAGAGGAAACACUGCGACGGAAGCUUUUCAACCAGGUGCAGGAACUUAAGGGCAACAUCAGAGUCAUGUGUCGCGUGCGGCCAACCCAUGACACGGAACGCAACCCAGCGCAAAUCUCGUUCCCUGACACCGAUACCGACAGCAAAGAAGUGGCAGUCCUCGGUCCAAGCAAGCAAAGUGCGACUGGCAAGGACAUCACCUCCGCCUAUGCAUACUCUUUCGAUCGUGUGUUUGGUCCAGCCUCGCAGAACAGCGAAGUUUUUGAGGAGAUCAGUCAGCUCGUGCAGAGCGCUCUCGAUGGCUAUAACGUCUGCAUAUUCUGCUAUGGCCAAACAGGAGCUGGAAAGACGUUCACCAUGUCCUCGGCUGACGGCAUGAUCCCACGUGCAACAGCCCAGAUCUGGAACGAAGCGCAGCGAUUGCAAGAGAAGGGCUGGACAUACAACAUGGAAGGCUCUUUCCUCGAAAAGAAGGUGGAGGUGCGACACGAUCCGGCGAAAAAGCAGACGAUCCUCGAGAACGCAGUCAGUGUCAAGCUUGACGGCCCGAGCCGUGUUGAGGAGAUUUUGAUGACUGCCGACAAGAACAGGACGGUAGCGGCUACCAAGGCCAACAUGCGUUCCAGCCGAAGUCACUCUGUUUUCAUCCUGAAGCUCGUUGGAACCAACGAGAUCACCGGUGAGAGGAGCGAAGGCACACUCAACCUGGUCGAUCUUGCCGGAUCUGAGCGACUCGAGCACUCCAAAGCUGAAGGUGCGCGCCUCAAGGAGACGCAAAACAUCAACAAGAGUUUGAGCUGUCUGGGUGACGUGAUCAACGCUCUUGGUUCGGCAAAGGAGGGCACACACGUACCGUACAGGAACUCGAAGCUCACAUACCUUCUUCAAUACUCGUUGGGCGGUAACUCAAAAACCCUCAUGUUCGUCAUGGUCAGCCCGCUACAAGCACAUCUCCAGGAGACGAUUACGAGUCUCAAAUUCGCAACGAAGGUGCACAAUACGCAUAUCGGAACAGCAAAGAAGCAGACCAAGACAUCGUAGACAUGGUGGUCAAGAUGUGAAUUGGGUUUGGACCUCGUGGCUCGUGUGUGUCGCAGAGUCGGGCGUUUUGGUUGUUUUGGCUAGGACGAGGUGUUUGCGUAUAUAUCCUCAUUGUGUUCACAAGCAAUGGCCUUUGAAGUGUUCGAGGUCAACGUUGCUUUGCUUGGUAUAUAUAGCCAUGGUUUUUCUGGAGUCCAGGAUUCGUCUGGACGUGGCUAAGUCGUG